CCAUAUAAACGGACGCGCUGUUGUCGCCAGUUUCCCCAACCUCCAACAUUUUAAGCCGCUAUAAGGUUUUAGGAUUCUUAAGUGUUGCUCAGGUUGUUUUCAAAAGUAUUUUUUUUCUCAUUCGGUGUCAGUCAGAUGCUUAGCUUGCUACUGCGGUCAGCUUAUGAGCCCAGGAUUAUGGAGAGCGGUUAAAAAUAUCUGAACAUCAGAGACUGACAGCAAUGGAGAAUCUGAGAAUAAAACCCUUUGACGAAUCAGCCAGAACUAACGAUGUCCACCAGUUCUUGGGGAUCAAAGAGGAGCUUCCACCUGAAGAGAAGAACUGGAGUCUCAAACUGGACCAGAAGCCCCCUGAGAUUAAAGAGGAACACGAAGAUGCUGAGAUUAUAGACUUCACCUUCAAUACCAUCAAGAGUGAAGAUGAUCAAGAGAAUCCUGAGUCUUCAAGGCUUCAUCACAUCCAGACUGAGGAGAAUAUAGACCCGACGAUACCAGAACCAGAUGAGUGUUUAGAAUCAGACCAUGAAGAAAAAAGUUCAGCUUCUUCAGAGACAGACGUCAGCGAUGGAAAGUGGGAGGAGAGCGAUGAACCACAGCCGUGCUUAAAAUCGGGUGAUAUAAUCUGUGACAUCGAGUAUAAACUACACACCUGCAGCGAUUGCGGUAAAGCGUUCAGCCACCGGGAACGUCUGCUAAGACACAGAAAGGUCCACACAGGAGGGAGACCCUUCAGCUGCUCCUUUUGUGAUGCGACUUUUAAAAGAAAGUACACUUUGGUGCAACACCUGAGAACCCACACAGGCGAGAAACCUUUCAGCUGCUCCAUCUGUGGUCAGAGCUAUCGAUACAGCGUGGGCCUGAGACGCCACAUGAAGGGCCACACAGGAGAGAAACCUUACACCUGCUCUUUCUGCAAGGCCACCUUCAGAUGGAGGAGCAUUUUUCUGGAGCACACGAGGGUCCACACGGGGGAAAAACCCUUCAGCUGCUCCGUCUGCAACGCAACUUUUACGUGGAAGAAUUCCUACGUGGAGCACACGAGAAUCCACACGGGGGAAAGACCCUUCGGCUGCACUUUGUGCGACGCAACCUUCAGAAGAAAAUAUACUUUGACACAGCACAUGAGAACCCACACAGGUGAGAAGCCUUUCACCUGCUCCACCUGUGGCCAGAGGUACAGACACAACGUGGGCCUGAACCGUCACAUGAGGAGCCACACGGGGGAGAAACCUUACACCUGCUUCGUCUGCAAGGCCACGUUCAAAUGGAAGAACGCGCUGACGGAGCACACGAGAAUUCACACGGGGGAGAAACCCUUCAGCUGCUCCGUUUGUGCGGCAACUUUUAGACGGAAACAGGAUUUUGUGACCCACACAAGGGUUCACAGCGGAGAAAAAGCCUUCAGUUGUUCAGUUUGCGGCCGAGGCUUCACUAAAACCAAAUAUUUGAAUUCUCACAUGAGAAUUCACGAAGGACAGGAACCUCUGGGCUCUGAUGUCUGAAAUCCAGACAAACAAACAAAUCAGACUGUUAAAAAGGGGGGGGGGGGAACUCAUAUACAUUACUUUAGCACACCCACUGGGUGUGGGAAUUUUAAUAAAUUUGAAUGGAUUCACAGGCAUGUGCAUCCAAAAUGACUGCAUUAGUAAUUGGAUGUAGUUUUUUUCAAUUAAAUCUAGAUCAGGGGUCUCAAACUCCAGUCCUUUAGUUAAACGCUUUAUCAAAUAAUUAGGUCAUUAGCUGGACUCGGUGGAUUUCGAUUGCGUGUUGAGAAAGCAGUUCAGCCUUUAGAUUUAAGCGUGUUAGGCCCUAGAAGACUUGAUCUUAACUCCCCUGAUCUAGAUGCAUCAGUUUUAAAUGGUUGUACUGGUGGAAAUCAGAAAGAAAACACUUUAUUGUAUGUCGUGGGUAAGAUACUGUGCUGACCUUUAUGCAGCUUUAAGUACUUUAUUCUAACCUGGAAUUAUUCUUUGUUUCUUUUAUACUAAAUUCAUUUCGUAUAUCAUUCUCAUCAGCACUAAGCUUCUUUAUUAUCUUGUUUCUUAUUGCUAAACAAUUUUUUUUGUGGACUUCAUCCGGUUAAUUUCAGUAAGUGAACAUUUUCCAUAUCAUGACCAGCUAUAAACAUCCCUUUUUUAAGGGUAAAGCCAUUUUAUUAAUUGGUAUGUACACGACAAGAGGCUUACCGUUCUGUUAGUAAACAGGGAUUAUGACACAAUACCUUCUUGUAAAAUGUUUUAUGAUUAUUCUCAUUCAGUCAAAAUUCAUUAGAGCCUUUCUGCAUCAUGAUUUAUUAUAUUACAUUAAAAAAAACAAUAUUUUGGGGGAGCGGUUGUGGCACAGGGGCAGCAAAUGCGACCCGUGUACGUUGGCCUCAGUCUUUGACGCGGGUACCACAGCCUCCGGUCCCCACCCAGAGAUCUUUGCUGUAUGUCUUUCACUUCUCUCUUCACCCAUUUCCUGUCUAGCAACUCAAAUAAAUGCCAAACAAUCAUGAUGAAAAGUUAUUUUGGGUCAGAUCAUCAAACCGGGUAAAUUCUACUUAAUCAUUUGGGUCGUAAUUUGUCGAAUAGGACAUAAAGUAUCCCAUCAUACGAAGUGCAUCACGACUAUUUUACUUCAGAGUUGUGCCUAGAAUAAAACUGGAACCUGUUUUUAAUGUGAAAUAAACUUGAAUUUAUA